UAACCAUUUAAGGUGCAAACAAGAAUUGUGGAAUUCUAAAUCCUCAAGACAAAAACCCGCCAUGGAAUCUAUGCUGUUUCUUGGUAAAGGACCCACAGUUCCUACCCUUGCACGCAUCCCUUCUUCUCUAAGCACUCCACGGGAGACUAAGCCUCAUUUCAGUCUUAGCCAUACUUGUGCUUAUUCACUUACCAGUGUCAAUACAUGCCGGAAGCCGAUCAGGCAUGUCUUCUAUCCAGUGAUUCGUGCGCUAGACGGAUCAUCCACACCAUCAAGAAAUUGCAGGAAUGAAAACAAAAUUAUGCGAGCCGCUGUGGGCGCAUCAAUAGCAUUGUCUUGUGUUCUCGGUAUCAUCGUUGCCUGCUUGAAGAUGAGCCCUAAAGCCAUAGCAGGGCCUAGGGAAUUAUAUCAGAAAGCUCCGCAAGCAGUACCAGCAUAUCCAAUAGGUGGGAAGUCUGCACUAAAAUCGUUACUGGACGUGAAUAUUUACCUGGCUUCAAGUAAAUUAGAGCCCCCAGGAACUCCUUCCAGGCUUCCUGCAAGACCUUCAGCUGAAGAGGUUAACGGUGUCAUAAAGAUGGAGGCAAUACGGAUAAUGAAAUAUGGGAACCCAGAAGAUGCAGUGUUAUUUCUUCGAAAUGCAUAUAAUAAAUAUAGAUACGAUCUUGAGCCUGCAUACAAUGUGGAGAUGGCAUUAGUAGAAAUUCUCAUCUGUCAGGGAAAAUACAUGGAAGCCUCGGAGUGUAACUGCAUUAAGGAUGACCAACGUAUACUUUCAGAUGGUCGAAUUCCUCUUUACAAGGCUAUCAUAUAUACAAUGCUGGAUGACAAGGAAGAAGCAAAGAAAUGGUGGGAAAAGUAUGUGGAAACUGUUGAAGGAGAAUUUGACCCUAGAAGCUCUAAAAUUUAAUUAUAUGAACAUUCCAAUUGCAAGUUUACAACUCCAUUGUUUUAUUCAUGCCCUUGUUUAAUACAAUUAUUCGCUCAGAAUUUCUGUAAUAAACUAGGAGAAAAGAAAAAGAUGAAAAUUGAUCCUUAAUUUUAGAAUGCCAACCCAAUUGUUAUGUUAA